CCCUACUCAUCCAUCAUCCAUCAUGACAACGACCAUCACCUUCAAAUUUCUCUGCGGAUAUUAUACCCCAUGCCUCAUCUUUGUAUACCCUGAAGGUCCCUGAAAAUAUCUCUGGUGCAAUAAAUGGGACGAACAGCAGCGACAUCCACAAUUUCUGCUGUUCCGGGAAGUUCUAAUGGUCGCGCGUGCAGUACUGGGACAGGAAUCGUGGCAGGAACAGUGGGCUUGACUGGUGGUGGUGCAGAAGAUGAUGGCAGCUUGCUACAUGAGGAUAAAGAUGUGGAGGAAAUAGCUCAUGAGGAAGUGCUGCCAACUCAGCAUGGAGGCGAUCCGAUGCAGUCGACAGAUACGAGUGUACUGGCAAGCUCUUCAAUGACGACUACGGCAAAGAAACGUGGCAAGAAACGACCUAAAGGAGAGCCGGCACUAGAAGCAGAGGCAUCUGUAUCAACGCCGAAGAAGCGGGCUCCUCGUGUUCCGAAAUCUCCUGCGAAGCGACGAAAAGUAGACGCACCGACGCCAGUAAAAGUCGAAGAAGAGGAUAACAACCUAGCGAAGGAAACCGAUUUGCCCAAACCCCCAAAGAGGCGAAAGAGGAACCCACCGAUACCAAUAAAGGUCGAAGAAGGGGCCGACUCCCUCGCCACAACAAUAACCUCAGGCGAUACUCCCAAAACGCCAAAGAAACGCGGCAGACCUUCGAGGAUGAAUAAAGAUACUGCGGACACAACGACACCAGUUUCCUCCACUAAGCCGAAGUCGACGGCUCCCGUAAAGCGACGUAAGACUGUGAAGGGCGGCGUCAAGGGCCCUAUGGAGACAUCCGUGGAUGACCAACCUAAUCUUGUCGCGGAGGCUGAACCCAUUUCAAGUGCUACGGUCGCCGCACGAAAAGGACGCGUCAAAGACACAACAUCAUCGAGUUCUCCAGCAAAGAGGAAGCGUCGAGCCUCCGUAGACGGUAGCCCAUCGAAGAAGAGGCGAUACGGGCCUGUGAAGUCUGAGCAUGUCGAACCCUUGUCCAUUAGGCCCACGUCUUUCCCCCUCCUGGAAAUUCCUUCAAGUAACACUCCCAGCCUGUGGGCUAGUGAUAAAACUGACUUGAUGAUAUUGACAUCCAAACUGAAUAUGGUGACCACGAUCUUCGUCGAUCAGGAGAGUGCUAUCGGUAUUGCGAUCCAGGAUGACGGAGAAAUGGAACUAACUAUGUCUAACAAGAGACUGCGGUAGUCAAUCCACAUCGAUUGUCCCCUUGAAUCCUUUGGAUGAGCCCGAGGCACCUGAAUCGCUUCGAUCCCCACCCAAAGAAACAUCUUCUCUCAUUGAUCUGGUAGAUUCACGACCCUCUACUCCGUUGCGAGAGCCACAAACCCCGAUUCCUCAUCCAUCGAACACCAUAUCCUCCCCUUCCGACGAAUCUUCUGGCGGUGUAAAUCCCACUCCUCAAUCCUCAUCGACGCAAGCCGUAGAAAAGGCAUCUCCGGACUUUUCUCCACCAGGCCUAUCCCAUGAGCCGCCGAAGACGUGUAUUUCACAGGUGUCCGGUGUAGUCUUGCAGUACACGUCUUUUGAAGACCACGCUCCUAGAAAUACGGUUAUUCCAUCCGCUCCAUCGUCACCACCGGUUGUGAGAGUCUCGCCAUCCCCGCCAAGCU